UCAACGCGAAUUGAUAGCGGAGAUUGAAGGAAGAAGAAGAAGAAGAACUUAGUAUUUGUUACAUUUACUGGCUUUUGUUUAGUAAUAUGCAAUAUGUAUUUAAUGCGUUAGAGGUAAAAGAAAAUAGUUUUAAUUCGGUUUAUGAGCAGCCUGAUUCGAUUAACAAAAUCAUGACCAUUUGUGCGUUGUGUUCGAAAAAUGAAAUCUCUUUAGCUUUUAUUGAUAAAUCGAUACAAUCAUUGGGAGUUACCUUUGAAAACAUGAUCGGUAUUUUCAAAUUUAAAAAGUUAUGCCAGUUACCCAAGGAUUGCUGUUUGCAAUGUUUCAAGGAUCUUCACGCCGCUUACAUUUUCUACUGCCAAAUAGAGAAAGCAGUUGAAAAUAUUGCAUUACCAUUAGUUAUUCCUGAUACAAUAGAUAAGCUGGAUUAUGAUUGUAAAACUUGUAAUUAUACUUACCAGACUGAUGAUGCUCUGUUGCUUCAUAACAAAUUGGUACACAGUAAUGAACCUUUCAGGAAUUUCAAGUGUAAUUUUUGCAACAAUUAUUUCAAAACGAGAAGAGGACGUCAACAACACUUGGUUUACUGCAAUAAUUUGGAUAGUAACAAAUACUAUCACUGUAAUUUGUGUAGACUAGAUUUUCAUACAAAAGCAAAUUUUUUAAAUCAUAUGAAGCAUCACCAAGACUUCGUUUGCCGAUAUUGUAACCGUGGUUGGUUCACAGAGGCUCACUUAUUAGAACAUGUUGAAAGUGCACAUGCUGAUCGUCUCUUCCAGUGUGGAAUGUGUACAAAAACAGAUAAAAAGCGAAAAACUCUGAACAGACAUCAACGAUUAGCGCACGGAACAGUCUUAAAAGAAAUUUACUGUGGUUAUUGCUCAUCUGGAUUAUUAUUUAAUAAUGCAACUGAAUUAAACAAACACAUUAACCUCGAACAUAAAUGUUUAGAACAACCCAGUGCAAUAUGCAACGAAUUACUCAAUGUUCCACUAUUUGCUAAAGAACUAGAAGGUAGCUUGGUAGAACUAGACAACGAACGCGACAAACCAAAGCAAGGUGAAAAUCAGGAAAUAUUUUUGCGAAAUUUCAAUCUUCUACGCACUACCCCCGAGGAUAAUAAACAGGAAUUUCGGUUUAGUGGAUUGAACCACAAUAAGAUGAUUCUCGAAGAGUUUCUGGACGAGGCUUUUGAAAAUGAUCAGAUAUGGACAAAAUACAUCGAAGGUGGAGAAGAAUAUUUAAUCGAUAAUUACGACUUUUAUUUGGAAGGUGCAACAGCAAAAGUUACAAAAAAAUACAAAUGCCCUAUGUGUCACGAUGAUUUUGACAAGCAGUAUAAUUUGACCACACAUUUGGCCGAAACACAUGAUGUUGCGUGUCUUAUUUGCAAUGAUUGUGGUGCGAAUUUCAAUAAAAUAUCAGAAUACAACAGACAUCGUCAAGACCACUUGAAAGAGAAUGCUCGAUUUAGGGAAAACAUUAUACCUGAAGCAGAAGAGGCACUUUCGCUGGUGCGACAAGUGGAAAGAACUUAUGAUAUUCUAGAAACAUCGAACAGUUACAGUUUUCGUUGUAAAUUCUGUGAUAGGCGAUUUAUAAAGAAAUCUAAUCUUGAAAAACAUCAUUGCUCAUUCUAUAUGAAUAAAAUUCCAUCUCAGGAUCGUAAUGUUCAGUCCAAACCGAAUGCAAACAUUCCGGAGAGUUUAUUCUGUACUCUUUGCGAUAAAAAGUUUAAGUCAAUAUCAGGAUUGAAAUACCAUCUCAAACGGCACACAGCUAUCAAAGCGUUUCCCUGCUUUUACUGUAGUAAAGAAUUUACAGCCAGUUCCAAUCUUAACGCUCACAUCCGAAAUGUUCAUAACGAUCAAAAAAGUUACCUUUGCAUAGAGUGUGAAAUGCGAUUCGCCAGUAAGGAUCAUUUGACAAAACAUAUACGCUUUACACAUCGCUUAGAGCGUACCUUUUUAUGCCCUGAGUGUCCGAAAAGAUAUUUUCAAAAAUCACACUUAAAUGAUCACGUAACUGCGGCACACACAGGAUACAAAGCAUUCAGUUGCGAAGCUUGCAGUACUUUUUACAGUUGCCGUGGAUCACUCAGGAGGCAUAUCACAAGAACUCAUAAGGUUCUGUAACGGCACAUAAAUACAGUGACAUAUGCUUUCCUAA